GGAUUUUGUAUGGCUCUAAAUGCUCGAUGUCAAUCCUGUUUACCUGUAUCCGAUGAAUUAUAAACUAUUGAUUUAUUCAUCUCAACCAUCUAUUUGUUCAGUGUUUUGCUAAAGAGAGGGAAAAUAAAAAUGGCCCAUAACUUUUCUAUUUCCGGAUGUUCAUACAUAAACAUGUCUGACCGGAAGUGAGAUUUGAUGCAGAGAAGAUAAUGAGAUGAUGGAAGUGAAGAUGUUUUACUAAAUUUCCCUGGGAAGCAGGUUUGGGAAACAAUUCAAAAACAUGAAGUAGAGGAUUUGACAUGGCCUUUUACAAUUCCGAAGGCCAGAAAGAUACAUCAAAACAGGAUGAUGUGACAAGAUUUUGGAGAGAAGAAAAAGAAGAUGGAGCAAUUUACAAUGUUUAUCUGAAGAAAGUGACAUACCACACAAUCUCUGAUUUGGACCAUUCCAAGGGGCAUUUGAUGUGGGAAACCCAAAAGAUUCGAGUCAUCAAAGCUGGUACAUUAGAAAAACUUGUUGAAAGUUUGGUCACAGCAAAAGGAGAGCUUGACUCAACAUAUGUCAACAUCUUCCUAGCUACCUACAGAACCUUUGCUUCCCCUAAACAGGUUCUGGAAAUUCUUAUCAAAAGAUAUAAAUGGCUGGAAAAGGACAGCAGUGAACACAAGGAAAAAAAAGAAAACAAUGAAAACCAACAAAAGACAUUUAAGAAUGUGAUAUCAGUGUGGAUGGAUACAUACCCUGACGAUUUCCGUGAUCACCCCGACUACACAUGUCUCACAGUAUUAGAGUCUUUCUCACAUCAGUUUAUACCAGACAGUGACCUCGAACUGAGGGCUCGGCACAAAAUAGAAAAAUUUCAAAGAGAGGCUGUAUCCAAAUCAGAUGGAGGUAUAAAAUUUCAGUUCUCCAUUGUGGAUGAGGUUGAUCACAUGAUUGAUGCUGAGUACCAGAAGCCUCUAGAAUUUCUAGACAUACCCAAUCAACGACUCGCAGAGCAACUCACAUACAAAGAUGCAGAAUUAUUUAAAAGGGUCAUACCCCACCACUGUCUGGGGGCUGUGUGGGCAAGGAGGGACAGGAAAUUGGGUAAAGGUGGAACCAUAGCCCCCAGUGUAUUGGCCACCAUUGAACAGUUCAACAGGGUGUCAUUACGGGUAAUAGCUACCAUCUUGAGAACCAGGGACCUCAAGUCUUCACUGAGGGCAAAAAUCCUCCAGAAAUGGAUUGAUAUUGCCCAGGAGUUAAGACAGCAGAAGAAUUUUUCCUCUUUGAAAGCCAUCAUAUCUGGACUCCAGUCUCAUUCAGUGUAUCGUCUGAAGAGGACCUGGGCCUCACUUCCAAAAGAGAGCAUAGAUUUAUUUCAAGAGUUGGCAGACAUCUUUAGCAACGACAAUAACCAGAUUUUAUCUCGAGAAUUACUCAUGAAAGAGGCUACAGCAAAGUUUCCCGAUCUCGAUUCCAACAAUAAGAUACUGAGGAGACGAAAUCUACAAAAACGCAGGUCCUGGAUAGAAAACGGGAUAGUUCAAGGUACCGUUCCAUACUUAGGGACCUUUCUGACAGAUCUAACCAUGAUAGACACAGCUAUUCCGGACCGCACCGAGUGCGGACUGAUCAACUUUGAAAAGCGGAGGAAAGAGUUCGAGGUGCUAGCCCAGAUCAAACUGCUACAAUCAGCGGCCCAGAUCUAUAAUUUCCAGGAAAACAAACAGAUUUGGUCCUGGUUUGAUUCUGUGCGGGUCUAUGAUGAAAGUGAAUGCCAUGACAUGUCUUGUUUGAUUGAACCUGUCAAAGAAGGCCCUGGUCGUUUAAAGAAGAAAUCGGCAAGUUAUUCAAGUUUGCUCAAAGUUGUCAAAAAUGGUGAUAAUUUGGGUACCCGCCCGCCCCGUUACGAGGGCAGUAAGCUGUCCCUGUUGAGUUGUGGUCUGGAUAAUUCCAGCGUCUGUAGUUCUAACAUGGACUCCCCCGCCUCUCCCUCACAAGGGAUGUCCCACUCCUCCUCCACUUCCUCUCUUCUGUCAUGUGACAGUGACACGACCGUGUCGUCACCAUUCCGAUCUUCCGACACCUGUGUCAUUAAAGUCCGCUUUGAGUCCGGACCUGAAUCAGAUACUCAUGUCUACAAAAGUAUAAUGUUAAAGAAUGCGGAUCACACGCACACUGUGAUAGAUAAAGUAUUGGACAAAUACUCUAAAAAAGGUCCGUCCAGUAACUACUGUCUACUGCAAGUUCUGUCUGAUGGAGAAUUAUUAAUUCCAGAGAAAGUGAAUGUGUUUUAUGCCAUGAACAAUAGUGGUGGUUCUGAACCGGUGUUUGUAGUGAGAACCAAGCAGGACCACGAAGCUCGCAUACAGCACAGGAAAAGGGGGCGGCGGAAACUCAAAAACUGGAGUCUCUGAUUGGUUCAUACUCUGUCCAUUCAGAAAGCAGGUGUAAAUUUCAUGGUGCAAUCAUGCUCUGGUCUCACAGUUCAUCAUCUGCAGCUAUUUUUUGUGUGCAAUAUAUGAUGUAGGGGUAAUUUAAUUAUAGAUUUAUGUCAUAUCUACAGUAAAAUUAAAUAUAGCAAUUUUGAGAAACAUGAAGUGGUAAAAAGGAAGAUGGCAAACUGCUCUAGUACUGUAGAUUCCUUAAUUUAUGUGGGUUCUGAAUAUAAUGAAAAGAUUCUGAGAUGUCAAAUUACAAGAUUCUUAAUUCGCAAGUGUGUCACUGUUUAUAGCAAGUGUUUACAAUUAUUUUAGCAAUAAAAAUUUUUAUUUGGCCAGUGAAAUUACGCAAUUAUAAACUACUUUCGUAUAUUCAGGGUCUACAAUAUUGUGUGCAAUAUUAAUGAGUGAAGACUGCCACACAAAUAUUUGAAGACUUUGUUCUAGAAUUCCCUUAUCUGUCUCUCAUUGUAACAAACACAUUCAAUGUAAACUCCUUGUAAAAGCAUAUACAAUUUUGGUGAAAAAUCUGAUGAUGUCUUAUGUAUUGAAUAAAAAGUUUAUACUUUUGCAGCAUAUCUAUGCAGGUGUAGAUUUCAUCAUCAGUUUCUAUGUUGUGAAAUUAAACUUGUGUGUUGUUUUAUCAUAUCGUCUUUCAAUGUUAGACAAAAAAGUAAUUUUUACCAGUAUUGCUGCAUAGGUCUGUAUUUUGGUAAUAUCAUAGUCACAAAAUGUUCAUGGAAAUACAGGUAUAGUUUUUUUUGUGUGUGUUUUUAAGAGGGAGAUUUGCUUUUAACAUAUGUGCAAAAUACCUGAAAAGUAUUUGUUAGAUGAUGUGAUAAACAUAAAGUUAUAGACAUAAAAUUAGAAAGAGAGUAAAAAUCAAGCAAAUUUGAUUGUGUUAGUAAAUUAAGUCUGAAAUGAUUGCAAUAUAAACAGAGAGAGAUUACAAAGAGAUCACAAGAAUGAUAUAAAAGAAGAUUUCAUAUUUUUCACAUUACAUUUGUUUCCACAGUCAGAUAUGUUUUUGUUUCAACAAAAUUUAAAACCUCUGUAAUAAUGAUCAACCCACCAUAAAAGGGCUUAAAAUUCUGUAACAUAAUAUUUUAAAAAUGUAAAUGAGCUUUGAUAGAGUGGGAGUGCAGUGUGUAUGAUUUUUUGCCCACGGGCAUCUUGUUUUUUAAUGCGACAGGGUGAUUCAUAAUUUUAUAUGUAGAGCACACAAUAUUUAUCAAUUAUUUUAAUGAUUAACUUUCUGAGAGGCACAUUUUGAAAAUGUACAGUAUUUUGUUCUUUAAAGAGUCAACCACAAUGCUGGUUUUGACUGACAUAUGAAAUGGCUAUAAUAAUUAUAUACGUCACUGUACGUCUUAGAAUAUAUAUAUUAUAUGAUAUAAUAUAUAAUAAUUAUGUUCUGUAUGGUUGUGAUAAAUAAUAUCCUAAAUGCUCUAUGACUAAACAGUAACUUAUACCUGUAACAUAGCCAGUAUUUGAAUUUUGAGGAAAUUAUGUCUAGUCAGUAGAGGUGUAUUGUUUUCCAAGCCCACCGACGGUUAAUUUUUAAUACGAGGUACAUCAUAUCUUUUCGAUACCCCAAUUAGUUCAUUUUUAAUAGUGCAAGUGUAUUUUUUUGAAACCCACCAAUGGUUCAUUUUUAUUAACUGCUGAUGAUUAAUUUAAUUAAAACUAUUUUACAGUUCUAAAAUUUUGGAAAAUUAAUGUGUUCCAAAUUUGUAGACAUCAAUAUUUUAUAAAAUGUAGUACUGUUUUCUAUUAAUUUUUUUUAAAUGUAUAUUUUUACGUAUACAUUUAAGACACAGGUGCUUGAUCUUUUUUGUAUUUAUGUUUAGAAAUCCAAUCAAAUUGCAUGUUUGUCAGCAUAGGAUAAAAAGAGUGUUCGUUUCUUUUUGUUCAAAUAAUGUUAUCUGAGUAUUUAUUAUUUAUUUCACAAACUUUUUAAGUAAUGGAUAUUAAAUAGAUUUUUUUAAGGUCUGUGAAAUUAAUUUGCAAUUUCUAAUUGUAAAAAGAGAUUCAAGCACUUUAUUUAAAACUACCGAUCGUAUAUUCAAAUUGGCAGCACCCACCAAUUAAUAUCAAUCUUAAUUUUUCUGUUCAUUGUUAAAUUUGUUUCUGUACACGUUUUUUUCUGUUUUAAAUUAAUUUAAAUAAGUUUCACAACACAGAUGCGUAUACAUGUAAUUCUUUCAACAAAAAAUAUCCCUUCAACAAAACAAACUUUUUAACUAGAUGUACAUGUACGAUACAAAUAAUAUCAACAUUUGUAUGGUAUAAAUUUUAGAGGGUGGGCAAGAUAGGAAUUCUCCAGCAAAUUAUUUUUGUCAGAAAUAAUACAUCUAAUGGGUAUGAAACAUACUUGUAAUAACCUCACAACAAUGUGGAUAAUGAGCUUAACUUGUACAAGUUAAAGUAAUUGCCACAAUGUUGUUAUAAGGAGGCUAAUCGGUACAGGAUCAAGGACUUUUGUAGGAAUUUCCUAUAAAAUGCAAUAAUUGUAAUGUUAUAAAUAAAUAUUAAUAUAAAAUA